AUGGUUGCGUCCACAACUUGGAGCGUAGCGCUGCUCCUAAGCGCUGUCGUGGCGCAUCCAAAUCACGAUGCUAGCCAGGAAAUGGCAGAGCGCCGCUCCUUUCUCAACUCGGUCCGAAGCACCUCUCUUGCUCAUUGCGCCGAGUCGCUCAGAGCUCGCGGCGUCGAUGCCAGGAAUGCCGCUCGGCGAUCAAGCCUGGCGCAAGAGGCCCGCUUCAAACGAGGCUUGCUCGACAAGCGGGAUGCCGAGACUGUCCUUGGAAAAUCGCACAACCAAACCGAGCUUGGCUACUCACAGAACACGGACUUGGCCACCCUCUUCUCCGGCAAUAACUCUUGCGUCCUGGCUCCCGAGGUAACCGAGGGCCCUUACUACGUCUCGGGAGAGCAUGUGCGUCGCAACGUCGUCGACGGGCAAAAAGGCAUCGACAUCGUCUUGGAUUACCAGGUCAUCGACGUGGACACGUGCAAGCCCGUUCCCAACGUCUACGUCGAGAUCUGGCACUGCAACUCGACCGGUGUCUACUCUGGCGUCGUGGCCAACGGCAACGGCAACGCGGCCGACCAGCCCAACCUCAGCGCAACCUUUCUCCGCGGCAUCCAGGAAACCAACUCGGAGGGAGUAGUCUCCUUUGAGUCGCUGUUUCCAGGCCAUUACGGUGGACGCACGACGCACAUCCACGUCAUGGUCCAUGCCAACGCGACCCUGUAUCAAAACCAGACUCUGGGCUACGAGACGUACGCCAGCCACGUCGGCCAGGCCUUCUUCGACCAGAGCCUCAUCUCCGGCGUGGAGCUGCUUGAGCCCUAUCGCAGCAACGAGCAAGCCCUCACCACCAAUGCCGAGGACAUGAUUCUCAGCCAGGAAGCCGACGCGGACGGCGUGGAUCCUCUCAUGCAGUACGCUCUCCUGGGCGACAGCGUAAGCGACGGGCUCCUUGCUUGGAUUGCCUUUGGCAUCAACACGUCUUUUGCCAGUGAGGUCACCGCGGCUUCCUUCCUCUACGACUCGGGAGGAGUCGAAAACCCAAACUCGGGCAAUGGCGGCCGGGCGUCGAGCUCUGCAUCCGCGUCCGCUUCCGAGGCUCUUGGACCUACCAAGUAUGCGUCAGACCUGGCAGCCAUGGCCUGCUUUCUCGGGCUGGCAGUCUUCUUCUAG